GGAAGGAGUUCUGGAUAAGGAGGGAAACGAAAGAUGGCGGCAGAACAGCUGCUGUCAAGCCUGUUAGGGCUGCUGUUUUUGGGGCUCCUGUUACCUGCAGCUCUGACUGGCGGAGUCGGGAGCCUGAAUCUGGAGGAGUUGAGUGAGAUGCGUUAUGGGAUCGAGAUCCUUCCAUUGCCUGUUAUGGGAGGGCAGAGCCAAGCUUCCGACGUGGUGAUUGUCUCCUCUAAGUACAAGCAACGUUAUGAAUGUCGCCUGCCAGCUGGAGCCAUUCACUUUCAGCGUGAAAGGGAGGAAGAGACACCUGCUUACCAGGGGCCUGGGAUCCCUGAGCUCCUGAGCCCAAUGAAAGAUGCUCCUUGUCUGCUGAAGACCAAGGACUGGUGGACGUAUGAAUUCUGUUAUGGACGCCACAUCCAGCAGUACCACAUGGAAGAUUCAGAGAUCAAAGGUGAAGUGCUCUAUCUUGGCUACUACCAAUCGGCCUUCGACUGGGAUGAUGAAACAGCCAAGGCCUCCAAGCAGCAUCGCCUGAAACGCUACCAUAGCCAGACCUAUGGCAACGGGUCCAAGUGUGACCUCAAUGGGAGGCCCCGAGAGGCUGAAGUUCGGUUCCUCUGUGAUGAGGGUGCUGGCAUUUCUGGGGACUACAUUGACCGUGUGGACGAGCCCUUAUCCUGCUCCUAUGUGCUGACCGUUCGGACUCCUCGGCUCUGCCCCCACCCUCUCCUCCGGCCCCCACCCAGCGCUGCUCCGCAGGCCAUUCUCUGUCACCCUGCCCUGCAGCCUGAGGAGUACCUGGCCUACCUUCAGAGGCAAGCUGACUCAAAGCAGUACGAAGAUAAAAUGAUAGAGGAGCUGCACGACCUGGACCCUCCGGUGUGGAGUGAGACCGCCCCUGGGGUGGCGCCCACAAAGAGAGCAGCUGCAAGCCCAGCCAAGGACGACAGUAAGGAACCAGAUUUCUGGAAGAUGAUUCAUGAGCCAGAGGACCAGGUCCAAGGAAGGGAAGAGGCACGGGCUGAGGAGCAGGAACCAAACCUCGAGCCAGCAGAUCCAGCUCCAGGCUCUCCCGAUGAUUUUCAGAGCAAUGUGCAGGUCAAAGUCAUUCGGAGUCCUGCAGACUUGAUUCGAUUGAUAGAGGAGCUGAAAGGUGGAACGAAAAAGGGGAAGCCAAAUGCAGGCCAAGAGCAGUCCGCAGAUGGUGCUGCAGAAGCCCCUCCAAGCGAACCAGAGGUGAAGGCAAAGGGUGACACGGAACAUCAGCAGGAGGUGGAAGAAGAAGAGGACGAUGAGGAUGAAGAUGAAGAUGAGGAUGAAAGGCAGUUACUGGGAGAAUUUGAGAAGGAAUUGGAAGGGAUACUGCUCCCAUCAGACCGGGAGCGGCUGCGUUCAGAGGUGAAGGCUGGCAUGGAGCGAGAGCUGGAGAACAUCAUCCAAGAGACAGAGAAGGAGCUGGACCCAGAUGAGCUGAAGAAGGAGUCGGAGCGUGAUCGAGCUAUGCUGGCCCUGACAUCCACUCUCAACAAACUCAUCAAAAGGCUGGAGGAAAAGCAGAGUCCAGAGCUGGUGAAGAAGCACAGGAGAAGGAGGGUUGUCCCCAGAAAGCCGCCCCCCUCCCUCAGACCGGCAGAGGAGGAUCCUGAGCACAGAGUCCGGGUCCGGGUCACCAAGCUCCGUCACGGAGGCCCCAAUCAGGAUCUGACAGUCCUCGAGAUGAAACGGGAAAACCCGCAGCUGAAACAAAUCGAGGGGCUGGUGAAAGAGCUGCUGGAGAGGGAGGGACUCACAGCCGAAGGAAAAAUCGAGAUCAAAAUUGUCCGACCAGGGGCUGAAGGGACCGAGGAGGAUGCGCGGUGGCUGACAGAUGAGGACACGAAAAACCUUAAGGAGAUUUUCUUCAAUAUCUUGGUGCAGGGAGCUGAAGAGGCACAGAAGGAGCGGCAGCGACAAAAAGAGCUGGAGAGCAAUUACCGCCGGGUGUGGGGCUCUGGAGGCGGGGAGGGCACAGGAGACCUGGACGAGUUUGACUUCUGAGCCCGCUACUGCCAUCAGUUUGCAAGGAGUCCAGAGUCUUCCUAGACUGGCCUCGUUGCCUCCCCAUCCGUCUCCCACCCCCUGGGACUCUGAAGGCAAAACUUGGGAGUAGGGUGAGCUGUGGACUUUUGGGGCCCCAGCCAGGGGUGUGGAGAGGCUGUGGGGUAGCGCUGCUGCUACUGCUGCGAGCUGCCUGGAAGACCACCCAAGACCUGUGAGUUUUGUCCUCCCAGGCUUGUCCCUGCACCGGCUCCCUGUCAUGUCCCCUAACUUGUUCCCUGCUCCCUCCCUCCCUCCCUAGAGAUCUUCAGAGCAGAGCAGAGCAGAGCAAGGGAGUGAGAAGGGUGUGCUUUGUAGCAGGCCCUGGGAGACAGGCCCCUGCCCCUGCUGCUGUUGGGAAUCACCUACCCCCUGCUCUUGGAUUAGCUCGGGAUUUCCUGCUCCCUUUCCUUGCCACACUGUUCCCCACAGUCUGCUUCUGAGUUGAGGCGCCUUCCUCAGCUGCUGAGGCGCCUUCCUCGGUUGCUGAGGAAAUGGGAGGAAGUUGCCCACCACCUCUGAAACAAUCCAGUGAAAAGGGCAGGGCACAGACCCGCCACUCAUGUUCUCGAACAAUCAGGUUUCUAAAUAAAGAACUGGACCAUCACUCCA